UACGCUAAAGGAAAUCGAGGAGCUGAAAUUGUCGGUGGCCAAGUUGAAGUUGCCCAAGGAACACUCGCCGCGUAUUUAGGGCCAGGAUGUCGAAAAUAAAAAAGUUCUUUGCGAGGAAGAAGGAGGAGGCGUCUGCUUUCAAGCUAAAGCUCACAGGCAGCACCAUGGGCGAAGGACACAAGCUGAACGCUCCGAAGCAAGAGGCUCCGGCCAGCAGCAAAUCCCGGAAAAAGUACGAAGCUUACGUCCCGCCCAAACGCAAUGAGCUUAGCAAUGAGGCGAGAGCUGCUGCCAACGCUGCUCUGGCCCGCAUCGACAAGAAGAACUCGCGAGAAUUCAACACUUCGAUGGCGGCCAUCAAGGCGCAGGCCAAACGAGAACUGGAAGCAGAGAGGCGUCAGAAAGAGGAGGCCAGCGCAGAGGCCAAGGCAUCAACCACUACCACAUCGGCCGGGGAUAAUCGAAACCUGGCUUGCGAGGGAGUCUUCUUCCGCUGUCCCAUGAUCAGCGACGAGCUGCUACCAAAGCAGGAGUGGAAGAUCAGGAUCAAGGAGUUCCUGUACCAACAGCUCGAGACGGAUCGCGGUCUCACCGGGUGUCUCAUCAUCCACAACUGCAACCCGAAGGAGAAGGCCGACGAUUGCAUAGCCACGUUAAUCCGGUAUUUGGAAAACCUCAUAAACAAUCCCACGGAGGAGAAGUUCUGCAAGAUUCGCAUGACCAACAAGAUCUUCAGCGAAAAGGUGCGAUAUGUGGAGGGUGCCUUGGACGUCUUGCAGGCAGCUGGCUUCAAUGAAGUGGAAAUGGAUGGGGAGCCGUAUUUGAUUUGGACCCGUGAGCGAACAGAGCAAGAUCUCGAUCUUCCCACUCUGGUUGAUGCCCUCAAGAACUCGGAGAUCAUUCCAUUGGAACUGGAUCGCAACAUUAAGGUGCUGUUGCCUUCGCAGGCACGCCGUGUUGCUCUACCCGACGAUUUUUACCGCAUGACACCGGCGGAAAUUAAAAAAGAGCAGCAGCUGAGAACCGAGGCGAUGGAGAAGUCUCAGAUGCUGAUGACCAAGGCAAUGAGGGAGCGCGAGGAGCAGCGUAACUUGCGCAUGUAUCGUUACGCUUUAGUAAGAGUCAAAUUUCCCAAUGGAUUGUUUAUACAAGGAACCUUCAACGUUUAUGAGAAGAUUUCCGAUGUUGUAGAGUUUGUGCAGUCCUGUCUGGCAGACGAAACACUUUUAUUUACCCUUAUUGCCGCCAAUGAGGGGCGGUUUGGCGAAGAAGACAUGGAAAAGACUUUAUUCGACUGCAAACUCAUUCCCAACUCUCUGAUGCUGUUCAGCGCCGAUGAGGUCUCGAAACCCGUAGAGGCCGACUUAAACUACUUAAAAGAGGAGCUUCUAAUGUUGGUGCAGGACAUGUAGUAGCAGUUUCCACAACCUAAUCAGCGAUACUUGUCUCUAACUUUAUACCUUACAGAGCUGUUGUUAUUUAUUGCAUUCAAAUCUAUUAUUCGAAAUUAAUACAUAAACGCACUUUACAAAAAAUUCAAACCCGUGUUAUUUAUAUUAGAGUUUAGCC